GCUGCUGUUUCCACUGAGACCUUCCUGGCUGACUGACUGACAAGAUGAAGACUCUCUUCAUUUUAGUGGCUCUGCUCUAUUUCUGUGGUGGCAGCUUUGGAUGUGACUCAGGACUUUGGGUGGAUUGGGACUUUCCAGGUUCAGACUUCAAAAGCCUUUUCUCUCCGGAUGCUGAACACUGUCAGUUCCUCUGCACUCAGGAGGCGCCUUGUCUCUUCUGGGCGUUUAUUCGUCCUGACUCCAAGAUUGAUAACAGAUACUACUACUGCUUCCUUAAGGCCUCCUCCUCAGGAAAACCGGACAAUCAGAAUCCCAAGCAGGGCACCACUGCUGGUUAUUCUCUGAAGUCCUGCAAUCCACUACCGACUCUGUCACUAUCCAAAGUUUAUGAGAAUGUGGACUUCCCUGAAGCGGACUACAGAAACAUCUUCACGGUGGAUUACAAGGCGUGUCAGAAAGCCUGCACUGACGAUCCUUUCUGCCAGUUCUUCACUUUCGUCAAUGAGAAGUUUAGCGACACAAAUAUCCGGCACCAGUGCUACCUUAAAUACAGCUGGUCAGUACCAAGAACCCCAGCUGUCAUAGCUCUUGCUGACAGAAUAUCUGGAUUUUCUCGUGAAUUACAAAUAAUUCCAUCCUGUCACACAGAGUGUGAGGACACACUAUUUCCAAACACUAACUUUCCUGGUUACGACAUCGAGGUUCACCAAGCUGGCUCUCCUGAACUGUGUCAGGUGUUGUGCUCCGCUCACCCAAAAUGCACUUACUUCUCUUUUGUCAGCAACCAAUUUAAAUGUUAUCUGAAGAACAAUCCAAAUCAAAUGGUCCCCAAAGUUGAGAAUGGUGUAACAUCUGGGCUGCCAUCCCAAUCCUGUCCGCUGCGUAACGAGAGGAAUCCAUGCUCACCAGGUCACGUUACAAUGUAUAAAGGAGUGGAUUUCCCAAACUCUGACAUUCGCUCUUUCCCACUGAACAACGUUGAGUUGUGUGAGAACGCCUGCACCUCGGACCCAAACUGCCAGUUCUACAGCUACGUUACCUCAAGCCGUCUCUGCUAUCUGAAGCGUGUUAUCACCAUGCCUGCUCCUCCCAAAGUGGCCAACCUAGCUGGCGUGGUGUCGGGCUUCACCCUGAGGAACUGUUUCCUUUGAAUCCUGCAGCUGCAUUAAACUUUUUAAUGACUGGGCUUCUUACACAACUUUAUAGCAAGAUUAACAACUUUCAACUGCCAAAUGCUUAGAGUUUUAAGUGCUUGAGAAAUAGUUAUUCUUAUUAUCUAUGGAUUUC